UUCAACAGAUCUCGCGCUCAGUCAGCAGCGACUCAGCAGAGGCACGAGGGGAACGUUUGAGGACACUUGACAGCUUUUCAGAGACUGCUAUGACAUCUCGCAGGUGGUUCCACCCCAACAUCACCGGAAUCGAGGCAGAGCAGCUCCUGUUGACCCGGGGCGUCCACGGCAGUUUCUUGGCCCGGCCCAGCAAGAGCAACCCAGGGGAUUUCACCCUCUCUGUCAGGCGUAACGAUGAGGUGACCCACAUUAAGAUCCAGAACUCAGGUGACUACUACGACCUGUAUGGAGGCGAGAAGUUCGCCACGUUGGCCGAGCUGGUGCAGUACUACACCGAGCAACAGGAUCUCCUGCGCGAGAGGAACGGCCAUGUCAUCGAGCUCAAGUACCCACUCAACUGCAAGGACCCCACAUCUGAGAGAUGGUACCACGGGCACCUCUCUGGGCGAGAUGCAGAGAAGCUGCUCACAGACAAAGGCAAGGCCGGCAGCUUCCUGGUUCGGGAGAGCCAAAGUAAACCGGGCGACUUCGUCCUCUCAGUUCUCACCAAUGAGGAGAAACAUGAGAACGUGGACCGCAAGACCAAGGUCACCCACGUUAUGAUACGCUACCAGCAGGACGGUAAAUACGACGUGGGCGGUGGAGAGAGGUUCGACACCCUUGCUGACCUGGUGGAUCACUACAAGAAGAACCCCAUGGUAGAGAAGAGCGGCAUCGUAGUGCACCUCAAACAGCCCUUUAAUGCUACAAGGAUAAACGCAGCCAACAUUGAGAACCGGGUACGAGAGCUCAACAAAGUAGCGGAUAAUUCUGAGAAACCAAAACAGGGAUUCUGGGAAGAAUUUGAGGUACUUCAGCAGCAGGAGUGCAAACUGCUGUAUCCCCGGAAAGAAGGCCAGAAGCCAGAAAACAAGAGUAAAAACAGAUACAAGAAUAUCCUCCCCUUUGACACAACUCGGGUUGAAAUUACGGAAGCAGAUCCAGACAUUCUUGGUUCAGACUACAUCAAUGCCAACUACAUCAGAAGUAUGCAUGAAGAGGGGCGCCAUGUGCAGGAAGGCAAGGUCUUCAUCGCCACCCAAGGGUGCCUACAGAAUACAGUCAUCGACUUCUGGAAGAUGGUGUACCAGGAGAAUACACACGUCAUUGUCAUGACCACGAAAGAGAUGGAGCGAGGAAGGAACAAAUGUGUGCGUUACUGGCCUGACCCACACACCACCAGGGAGUUCGGGAAGGUGCUGGUGAAGAACGUGGAGGAGCACUCAGCACAGGACUACAUCCUUAGGAAGCUGGAAGUGACCCGUCUGGACCGGAAGGAGCUUCCGAGGUACAUCUGGCACUACCAGUAUCUAAGCUGGCCGGAUCACGGCGUGCCCAAUGAGCCCGGUGGUGUCCUUUGGUUUCUAGAGGAGGUCAACCGCACCCAGAGCACCAUUCCAGACACUGGACCCAUUGUUGUCCACUGCAGCGCCGGCAUCGGGAGGACAGGCACUAUUAUUGUCAUUGACAUCCUUAUUGAUAUUAUUAACCGCCAAGGACUGGACUGUGACAUUGACAUCCCUAAGACCAUCCAGAGGGUACGGCAGCAGAGGUCAGGCAUGGUGCAGACGGAGGCCCAGUAUAAGUUCAUCUACAUGGCUGUGCAGCAGUAUAUAGACACAGCCCAGAAGAGACUGGAGGAGGAGCAGAGGAAUAAGAUGAAGGAGAGAGAAUACUCCAAUAUCAAAUAUCCUCAGAUGACCAACUCAAGGUCCAAACCCAAUAUGGCAUCCUCACGCUCUUCUUCUGUGAUGACAAACGAUGAUUCGUCGAGUGUGUACGAGAACAUAAACUUUAAAAGCCCUCAGACGUCUUUUAGCAGUAACACCAGGAGGUAAAACCAUCGCCGUGGACCUCCACAUCUCUCUGUCUGCCUCUCUUUUCAGCGGAGGUGUCGCUUCGUCAGCGCCUGAAAAUCCCUUUGGGGGAAGGAGGGAGUGUGGUGCUCUGAAUACACCCCACCACUGUGGACCCUGCCUGGGCUGAAGGUGGUGAGCUGACCCCUCUUCCUGCUGCUGGACUUCUCUGUCUGGAGUCAAAACUCACCCUCCAUGGAGAGGACGACUCUACAGCAUAGCUGCCCAUACUCAGGGCCCCUGUCCCCCCUCCCCUCUGUCCCUCUCCCCCUGCUCUACUCCAGCCUACCAAAGCCUUUCCUUCUCUUAACCAGCGAAAGUGCCUUGUCACAGGAUGUGUCUGUAAUCUAGCUGUUACAUCUCCUCUGUUACUUCUUUCCAAACCCUGGAAAACCCAAGCUGACAUGACAAACAACCUGUUUUUUCCUUGGUGCGACGGAUAUUAAACAUGGAGUCUGCUCCGGGUCUGAACUGAACAAAGCUGUACCACGGGACCCGAGAAGAGGUCAAAGUUAAGCUACUUGUCCGCUCGUUGCCAGAAUUCACUCUGUUUGCUGUCCCUCUAUCUCUGUCUUUGCCGGCUGUCUUUUGAACUCAAACCUAAGACUGUUUUCGCCGCAUUCUGUCUCUCCAGCUGUCUUGGUUAGUAAUGUAGCCGCUGAGUGAUAACAGGGGCAGUUACCUAACCCGCUGCAGGACCCUGAGGCACAGGGGGAGCGAGCAAGCCCUCAAAAAAUCUUCAGCAAUCUUGUAAUUUAAAUUUUGGGUGUAAAAGUGGACUCUUUAUUUUAUUUUAUUUUUGAGUAUGUGACUGAUUUUCGAAGUGAUGUUGUGAAAGAGUUGUGUAUGUAAUCUCCCUGGCUGUUGCAAAUGCAAAUCAGCUGUUUUGUGGUUGUUUAACAGAAUUGGAGACCAUCUUUACUUCUUAUAGUUACUGGGACAUACACAUCAGUCCUGUCUGUCACCCUGAAGGUGGCCUCCAGUUGUCCCACUUUGAGUACAAACUCAUUCAGAAACAUGAAAAAAAUGUUGUCUGUCCUUAUAAUCAGUUUCUUUACAUUAUUUCUUAGUGUUUUGUUGAUACUGUUGGUGUCAUGGUUGUCUAAUAUGUAAGAUGUUGAUUUUUUUUUUAAAUACAUAUUUAUACAGGAGCAUUGUGGUGGAAGAGGUCGUGUUUAAGCACAAUUGUCUAAGCAGCAUCUCCAGCACUAACUUUAUUCAGAUGAAUAGUAGAAGUUGAUAUUUGAUAGGAGGGUGGGUGGGUGAAGAGGAUUCCUGAAUGAGUAGUUCGAGGUGAGCGGGGUCCCGGCUUUGUUUGACUGGCUGUCCUCGUUAAUCAGCAGGUCUGCUGCGGUUCAACAUCUGUCGGAGGAGAUUGUCACAAGGAGACAAGGGAAAGGGGGUGAUUACAGCGGGCCAGAUGGCCAUCUGCCUGAGAUUGAAGAAUAGAUUUGUCUCUAAAAAGUAAUUUAGAAGAUGGCCAUAAUCCAGGCUUGAUGAUAGCGGGGCGAGUAAGCCGACGUCAUUGAUGUGAUAAGGAAAGCGGUGGUGCCGCUGAGCACUGAGCCCUCUGUGCAGUCUGCCAGAUUGUCCACUAUUUUUAGCCUCCGGGAUCAGCACCAAAAUAUCCCACUCAAAUACUAGUACAGAUAUGUUGGUGAAAUUUGACCUAGCUUGUUUAAAAAUGCAAUCACCUAAUGUCCCUGACAAACUUUAAAAACAUUGGUGUCUCUUGCAGUAGAAAGUCAUGAUAUUAUGUCUACAGUAAAGUCUAUUAUUUUCUCACGAUAACGCAUCAAAAUGAACCAUGAAUGAGCAGCACUUGUUGGUGAUGUUUCUGCUCAAACCAUUCCUCCGUUCUCCACCAACAGACGUGUUUCAGCUAACCAGGUCAAGGACACUCACAGACAUGUUUUCUUCAGUCAUAAAUCAGCCAGUUUGUGCUGCACUGCUCAUACAGCGGCUGCAGCUGCUGAUUCUUAACAAACAUUAUUUAAAUAUAUACUGUAGGUAAGUCUAAUCAACUGGAGUAAUACAGUAGCACUCAGCUAUUGCACUGUAAUUUGAUACUGUGCAGGAUAUAAUAAUAAUAAUAAUAAUUAAAGCUGCAAGCAGCGAUGAUCGGGCCCAAGCUCCCCCGCCACGCCACGAAUGAGCGAGACUUGCUGCGACGCAUCUUCAAGGUCUUGAGAUGACAGAGUCAAAAUGAAGUCGGUCAGAUUAGGAGGAAUUCAUUAAAGUACGUGGAGUGAAAAUUGUAUCAAACCGUGCCAAAAUUGCAAAUUCACUUAAAAAUGGCCGACUUCCUGUUGGAGUGAGGGUAUGGGUCCAAGAGACUUUUUUGUGCGUCUUUAGAUGAUACAUUAGUGUACAAAAAUGUUGUUCAUCUACGUCAAUCUGGAGGGAGGGGCUCAAUUUUCUUAAUCUUCUACGGGGUGCAGUACCCCCAUUUGGCCAGCUGUUCCUGUUUAAUGGCGAAACUUCAAAAUUCCUCACAUCGCCACGA